CGGCUCUGUUGCGCGGUCCAGGUCUCGAUCUUUCCCGGACUCGCGCAAAAAUUCUCGACCCCGUCGUGGUGCACGACCCCCUCUCGUUGAGAGACGCGUCGGUCGACGUCGCGGGCUGCAAUUCGACGAUCGUUUUUCCGAGCGUUGGGGAUCCCACUGGGGAAAUUAGAGCCGGGCAGCUUAUUAUCAUCUCGAGACGACGUUCCGUCGAGGAAGAGAAGUGGGUCGACCGAUCUCGCCCACGCGAGAGCCCCACCUUCGCGUAUCGCGGUCGGUCCAGGAGUUCGUCAGUGGCGCAUCGCGCACGUCUUCGGGAGGAUCGCCGUAGUCAUCGGAGAAUUACGCGCAGAGUAUUUCGCGGGGGCGCCAAGAGUCGAUUUAAACCGAAGCGAAGACCCUCGGCGUCACCUUCGUCGGCGCAUCGGCGAAGGAUCGUUUGUUCACCGUUCACCGUAGUGAAAGAGCAAGGAGGAAAGGGAGACGCUGAGCAGGUAAAAUGCCCGGCGCUGGUGGUCAACCGCCGCAGAGGACCACCUUUCGACCGCCGUGGGUCAAGGAUGGUCCGAAUCCAUUGCCAAUGCCUACCGCACCCUGGACUCUUAACUCUCGCAGAGAAUCCAAGCCGAAAACCGAGGAAGUGCCUGCCUUCACUCAAGUCACCUUAAAGAGCGUGCCGAAGCCCGCGGAGCCCGCGGCACCUUCCUCGGAUGGACAACCGCGUAAACCUUUCUCCGAUGGGCAACAGCGUAAACCUUCCUCCGAUGUAGAGCCGCGUAAACUUUCCUCGGAUGGGCAACCGCGUAAACAGAGCAAGAUCACGAUAAUACCGUCGCAACCGAAGAAUGAGAAGAUACCGAGCGGCCGGCCGGUGCCGCGCGAGAAUGGACGACAGGAGCCAAAUUCGAGGCCGCAGCUCGAGCGGCAACUUCGCAUCGACAGGUCUCGAUCGCGGGGUGACAGUAUACCACUCUCCAAGAGUGAGAGCACUACAGGAGCCCCGACGCUGUCGAAGAGUUCUUCAAGAGCGAAUAUACCCCCGCCUCCACCACCACGACCGCCGCCACCACCACCGAGCAGGACGAUCUUUAAGGACCUCGAGCCACUCAACGACAAACAAAUGCAAAAGCUGGAGGUAUUGAAGUCCAGGCCCAGGAAGCGGCCUGAUUGGGCAUGCAUGAUGAAGGAAGUGGAAAGCGGCAAAACUCUUAGGCAUGUUAAGUGCAAUGACAGAAGCGCUCCUCUCAUCGAAAGGGUCAACAAAGUAAAGGCUGAUCCAGCAGGUAAUGCCCACUUCGUGUUCGAGUCUGAAAAGUCGAAUAUGCACAAUCAGCUGCUGAAACAGAUUCAACAAGGUGUGAAGCUUAAAAGUGUCAAGACGAAUGAUCGCUCGAGGCCAGUAUUGGAGGGUCUUCGGAAAUUUCGACGGCAGUUAACUAUCGAGGAGCAAAUACAAAAGGCGGAAGAAUCGCCGGUGGAAGACGCGAUACAAGACGAGAUGGAUGAUAUAGACGCUGUCAGGGAUGAUUUGCAGAGCACAAAGCAGAUGCUGGCGUUAGAAUUGAGAAACAAAGAGGUUUUGGAGCGAGACAAUAAACGCCUGCAGGCUAGAAUUUUGAAUCUCGAAUCAGAAGUGGAUCGUAUGAAAUCCCAAAAGAGCGUUCAGGAGAAUAAACAACAAGAUGAAAAACUUACGGAAUCUUUGAGGCAAGAAGUGCAACAAGCGAGGAAAGAUGUGGAAAAGGCCGAGAAGGAAUACGCCGUCGCUGCUGAGGAAAGAGAUAAAACCAAAAGCGAAUUGGAAGAAAUUAAAAGAAUGUAUGCAGCGUUGGAAAAACGCAUGAAAGCUGAAGAAAAGCUUGCACCGAUCGAGACUGAGCCAAUUGUUGAGCUAACGGAAGAUUGGAAAGACACGGGAUACGCGAUGUACGAUGUUACAGGAAUGGCACUGGCCGGUUGUCCUAGCGCGAAGGACGUGGUCAGAGUCGCGACGCAGAAAAGUAUAGACAAACAGGAUCCCAGCGAAAGCGAGGAGGAAGAGGAGAGUACGGAGGAAGAGGAAGAAGAGGAAGAUCCGAAAGCCGCCGCGGAGAAACGCGCGCAGAGGGAAAUCAAACUCCUCAUUUCGAAGAUAAAGAGCUUCAAGGACAAGGCGGUGAACGCUCGGAAAGAGAGGCACGCAUUGAAGGAACAAAUUAAGCAGCAGCAGAAAUUAUUGGGGGAGGAAAAGAAGAAGUUCAAGCAGCUGCAGAAGGAGGUGGACAAGAUGGCCAAAUUAAUGUCGGAGGCCGACGAGGAGGAAGAAGAGGAAGAGGAGGAAGAGGAAGAAGAAGAAGAAACGGAAUCCGAGGAAGAGUCGGAAUCUGAGGAAUCCGAAGAAGAAGAGUCCGAAUCGGAUGACGAGAAGGCACCCUUCGAGCAACGUAAAAAUAUAUUGAAUAAAUGUGUGAAAAAACACGAAGGACGGCUGGCGGCGUUAAAGAAGGGCAAUUACUUACUCAAGGCCCAAGUGGACAGGAUUAAGGACGACUUGGCAAAACAGCGAGAGGAGAGUAUCACCCUACAGGAGGACCUUGAUUCUGUUUUAGCGGAACUAGGUUAGAAUAACGUAAGGGAAGGAUAUUUUCCGUGGAUGCAGAGAUUGUAUACAUACACAUAUAAAUAUUGCAUAUUGAAAUAUAGAGUAUAUUGUACGUAAUGAAAAGGAAUGAUUACACACGCAUUACACACUUUCGCUCGAGCAAUUUUUACACUAGGAACGUCGUCGUCUAUUCAUCACAGAAGUAUCUACCAACUCUGUCACAAAGCGUAUCAUACACACACACAAUGGGUCCUACUGCACGAAGCAUAUAUCGCGAAGACAUUCUCUUUAGUGGCUGCCAAAAAGUUACCUUGACAUCGCGACUGCAAAGGUAUUAUUUGGCGCUAAAUAUGAUCAUUCGGUUCUCUUAGCUUCGCGAUAAUCUCCUUCAUAAUUUUGCUUUUCUCAAUUUCAUGAUGUUUUGGACACUAUUUCCAUACAACAUUCAUGUUAUAAUCGCCUUACAUUUUUUAUCACGCAUCGCAUAAUUAGAAGAUAUUGCGUUCAGCGUUAAAUAUAAAAUAUGAGCACGGGUCGAAAGCUUUUGGCCCGCGAAAGACUGAUGAUUUGGAAAGCCGAGUAGAGUUUCGUGGAAUAGGACUGUCGCACUUUGCAAUUCAAAGAUAUACUAACUGACAAAUGAUAUUUUCUCUAACAACUGUAAUGAAAGGAAAAAGAAAAUUUACGUUUGCACACGGAUAUAUACGUAUAUAUACGACAAGCGUGUAUAUAUAUAUACAUACACAGAACAUCUUCGAGCAAAUUCUCCUACAGUGAGUUUAUAAUUUGCAACGGACGUCUUUCACCACGGAAUAUCAUAUGUUCGUCGUGUGAAACGAUAAAAACACUGAAAAUCUCUUCACGGAAUAAUCCGGUUCACAGCCAUGAUGCACAGAAAACGUAAGCGAUAAAAAAAUUGACCAAUCACAAUCGAUUCCCAGUAACACCAAACUAGCAGUAACAUAAUAUCAAUUUCCCAUUCAACAAUGCAAAUGCAAUAUAACACAUAUAUUAUAUAUACGUGUUACAUUGCAUUUACAUUGUUAUUUUUACGUAUAUUAUGCAUUGUUAUGUAUAUUAUGUAACAGUUUUAUUGUUGAGUGGAAAAUAAUAACAUUGAUGUUAUGUUACUGGUAGUUGAUGUUUACUGGGUUAUCCUUCGAGCAUAAGGAGAAGAAUAGACAAAAUUUUCUUACUGCUUAAGUUUUGAAGGAAUGUAUAUAAUAGCUAUAAAGUAUAGCUAUUAUAUACAUUCAUACAGUAAGACAUAAGUAGUAAAUUAAUUGACCAAUUAGAUUCUUAUAGUCCAAGAAUAAUCCACGCGACUAUGCUUGAUCAAUUAGCUUACUGCUUAUUUACUGCAUAUUUACAGCUAUCGUAAACGGUUCUCUACUGUUUGCGCUUCAUUGUGUGCACACUUUUGUUCACAGCGCGAGCGUGUCCGCAAAGUGAACGACCGUUUUUACCGGUAGUCGACACGUGAUCGAUGUUCGGUCGCAUUUUGAACAAAAGCCGGUAAGAAGUAUUUGAUAUUCCUCGACGGAAAAAUUAUUUGUUUCCUUCUUUUAUCUGUUUCCUCUCCUUUUUUCUUCGCUAUCAAAAUGUAAGAUAUUUUUUAAUAAAGGAUCGUUAGUCGAGCCAAAGUGCUCUCCUAAUGAUAGGUUCUUGAUGAAAAUCAA